GGAGUUGCAGCUGCUGCGGCUCCGCAGCUGCUCCGGCUCCGGGACUCUUAGAGUCCCUUCGCGUGCCUUCUAUUGAAGAGCAGGAGCUGACGGUUGUUUUAGGCCUGUCAAUUCCAGAAAGUUUCCUGGGGACCUGUCCGGUCGGAAAGUCGAGGGGCAGUUGUCUUGGUAUUUGAAAAGGGGGUAUCCAGUGAGGCGGAGCUUGAGGGGGGUUGUGUCGAGUGAUUGAUACAGCUGUUAACCAAUAAGACUACUAUCGCUCGCCUCAGGAAAACCAUCACAACUCCAGCUGGAUGUGCGCAUAAUAGUGUAAUCACUCAUGAUUCUAUUUUGUUUAAUAAUUCGUUCUUGAGACGAGACGUCUCGAAAGCGAAGGCUGGCACUCCUCAGUCUGCCACGGACGGCUCGCAGGCCGAUACUGAACAGAAGUACCCUUAUCAAGGAGGCAUCACCCCUGGGCAAGCCUAGCAUCAGUCCAUUGACAUCCACAGUCACCAUGAUAGACGUUCUCCCAGACCAACAGCUUCCUUUGGCUCGAGGCGGGUCUUACGUGGAGGGCCUAUGGAAUCACGUCGGCUCAGCCAAUAGGGUCAGGGCAGGGGGCGUGGCGGGAAGUUUGAAACUGGUAACUUCGGGAGUUCAGCCACGAGCUGUUGUGCAUCCAGAGGUGGAAUUGGGGCCCGAGGCCUCUGGUCCCCCGCCAGGAAGUUUCUUCACUGGAAACUGGGAAGAUAGGGUGGUUUAGGGUUGAAGGUCCGACGUGGAAGAGAUAAGGGCUGAGACCUGAGUCGCUUCUCACAGGCAUUCCCUCCUCGUCCCGGGCUGGCCCUUGCCCCCACCCUGCAACUCCUGGUUGAGAUGGGCUCAGCCAAGAGCGUCCCAGUCACACCAGCGCGGCCUCCGCCGCACAACAAGCAUCUGGCUCGAGUGGCGGACCCCCGUUCACCUAGUGCUGGCAUCCUGCGCACUCCCAUCCAGGUGGAGAGCUCUCCACAGCCAGGCCUACCAGCAGGGGAGCAACUGGAGGGUCUUAAACAUGCCCAGGACUCAGAUCCCCGCUCUCCUACUCUUGGUAUUGCGCGGACACCUAUGAAGACCAGCAGUGGAGACCCCCCAAGCCCACUGGUGAAACAGCUGAGUGAAGUAUUUGAAACUGAAGACUCUAAAUCAAAUCUUCCCCCAGAGCCUGUUCUGCCCCCGGAGGCACCUUUAUCUUCUGAAUUGGACUUGCCUCUGGGUACCCAGUUGUCUGUUGAGGAACAGAUGCCACCUUGGAACCAGACUGAGUUCCCCUCCAAACAGGUGUUUUCCAAGGAGGAAGCAAGACAGCCCACAGAAACCUCUGUGGCCAGCCAGAGCUCCGACAAGCCCUCAAGAGACCCUGAGACUCCCAGAUCUUCAGGUACAGGAUCUAAAGGUUCUAUGCGCAAUAGAUGGAAACCAAACAGCAGCAAGGUACUAGGGAGAUCCCCCCUCACCAUCCUGCAGGAUGACAACUCCCCUGGCACCCUGACACUACGACAGGGUAAGCGGCCUUCACCCCUAAGUGAAAAUGUUAGUGAACUAAAGGAAGGAGCCGUUCUUGGAACUGGACGACUUCUGAAAACUGGAGGACAAGCAUGGGAGCAAGGCCAGGACCAUGACAAGGAAAAUCAGCACUUUCCCUUGGUGGAGAGCUAGGCCCUGCGUGGCCCCAGCAAUGCAGUCACCCAGGGCCUGGUGAUAUCUGUGUCCUCUCACCCCUUCUUUCCCAGGGAUACUGAGGAAAGGCUUGUUUUCUUAGACUCCUCCUCAACUACCAAACUGGGACUCACAGCUUUAUUGGGCUUUCUUUGUGUCUUGUGUGUUUCUUUUAUAUUAAAGGAAGUAAUUUUAAAUGUUACUUUAAAAAGGUA